UGCCCCACCGUGGGCGCACGGGAGGGUUACGAGGUCCCGGGUAGACCCCCCAGUGAACAGGUUUGCACGAUUAUGCGUCAGUGGGGCUUCAAGGACGCAGCUCCAUCCGACACAUGCUGACCGAAACUCAUGAGAACCUUCAGAGCACAGGCUUGUUCAGGGGCCCUGACGCUCUGGCUCACCGACGGAGUACACACUUCUGUUUGUGUUCUUUCGCCCCCUGGUUCUUAAAGGCUCAUUAGACAUCACAUCAGAUAAGGACUUAGACUCAAUAUUGCUCAGCUCAGAUGAUCCUCCGAUAAGGAAACAGAUCAAGAGAGGUUAAUGAUUUGCCCACCUUCACCCAUCCAUGCCUUCCAAUGUAAAGACAAAAGUUGGGGAAAGGAAGGGGAAGAAUGACGGGCUUUUUGGAGAAGAUCAGUGCUGACCAGCCUUUGAAGGGCGAACAAGAUUUGAAUCAGCAGAGAUGAGGAAAGGCUGGGAAAAGGUAAUGUGCCGGAGAGUGGAGAUGAGCGUCCAGGUGCCUGGGAUUCCCUCUGCCUGGCCUUGCUUCAGCUGACCUCCCUCUUGUAGUUAGGCCCCCGCUGAUGGACCCUCUGGAAAUGGCUUCUUCCCUCCCUCCUGCCCCAAGGGAGGGUUGGCUGCAAAAACUGGAUUCCCUUUCUACAGAGGGAAUAGAAAAAUAAAGAAUGUAUUAGUUAUAGAAAUAGCAUUGCACAUACCCACCAGAAUGCCUAAAAUGGAAAUGAUGGAAAGUGCAAAGUGAUGCUCUGGGACUCUCCCACACAGCUGAGAGGAAUGUGGAUUUGUACAGCCACUUUGGAGAACUCUUUGACAGUAGCUACUGUAGCCAACCAUACACACCUAAUGGGUGACCAGCAGUUCCACCCCAGGAGUAUACAAGAGUAGACAAGCUCAACAGAGUGAAGUCACCUUUCCAGACCUGUGAAAUUUCGUAUUACUUCUCUUCCUGUUCCGGUUUGUGGUUCUGGAGAAGUACACACAAUUUACCAUAAGCAGAGCAGACAUUAGAGCAACACCUGACUUUGGGCAGCCUGACUAUACUGAAUCCUUCAUAAUUGUUCGUACAGAAAAGAGUGGUUUGGAGUACAAGGUGGAUGAGAUUGCCUUGUGAAAACUGAAGUGAGAAACUCAACUGGAUCUUGUUCCUGCUUGAUUAUACUGAGGUUAAAGAUUUUUGGAAACAAUACUUCUCAAAUGAUGCUGGUGCUUCAUAUUGUAUCACAUCAGGAGACACAUAAUGUCAGGAGGAACCAGAUCAUUGCAGCUCUAUUCACAAUAGCCAGGACAUGGAAGCAACCUAAGUGUCCAUCGACAGAUGAAUCGAUAAAGAAGAUGUGGCACAUACAUACAGUGAAAUAUUACUCAGCCAUAACAAGAAACGAAAUUGAGUUAUUUGUAGUGAGGUGGAUGGACCUGGAGACUGUCAUACAGAGUGAAAUCCCAGGUCCGUGCAGGCGUCCGGUGGGACAUGGCGAACUUAGGCGGCGAGGACCUCCGGAGCCAGGAAGGGGAGAGUUUUCUCUACUUCGCCUAUGGCAGCAACCUGCUGACGGAGCGGAUCCACCUCCGAAACCCCUCGGCCGUGUUCUGCAGCGUGGCCCGCCUGCAGAAGGAACUCAAAGUUUGUUUUAGUUGCAUGGAGUUCAAGGAUUUUAAGCUUGACUUUGGCAAUCCCCAAGGCAAAACUAGUGAAACUUGGCAUGGAGGUAUAGCCACCAUUUUUGAAAGUCCUGGCGAUGAAGUAUGGGGAGUAGUAUGGAAAAUGAACAAAAGCAAUUUAAGUUCUCUAGAUAAGCAAGAAGGGGUUAAAAGUGGAAUGUAUGUCCCAAUAGAAGUUAAUGCUUCUACUCAAGAAGGAAAAGAAAUAACCUGUCGAAGUUAUCAGAUGACAAAUUAUGAGCGUGCUCCCCCAUCACCCCAGUAUAAAAAGGUGAUUUGCCUGGGUGCAAAAGAGAAUGGUUUGCCACUGGAGUAUCAAAAGAAGUUAAAGGCAAUAGAACCAAAUGACUACAAAGGAAAGGUCUCAGAAGAAAUUGAAGACAUUAUCAAAAAGGGGGAAGCAAAAACUCAUUAGAACCUAAUAGAAUAUAUCUACAGAUAUUUUCUCUAUAUGCUAAUACAUUUUUAACAUUUAGAACAGGGAUCUGGGAUAUCUCUCUGUUUAAUAUAUUUUCAACAGUGUUCUGAAGGGAUAUCUCACUUGGGUGAUUCCUUGUUUUCAGGCUAUAAAAAGACCAGGAUAGGAGUUAGACAAUUGAAAAGGGGGCCUUGCGGCAUUGGAAUGCAUGACAAGUAGAUGUGAGUAUUCCUUCUGUGAACACUUAAAGUUAUUUUAUUGAGUUGAUCUGAAGUGUAUUUUUGCUCUGUGAUAAAGGGUAGAUUUGCAACUUAAGGAUGGUGCUGGUAAAUGACUCUGCUCUGGGAUUUUUUCUUAGCUUACUAAGAGCAAGCAAACUGCAGAGACAAUUGAUUAUAACAACUUCAAAAUUUAAAAGAUGGCAUACUGUUCUUAGAGGAAUAAAUGUAUUUGUAGUUUAACCUAUAGUCCCUACUAAAAUACUACAUUUCAUUUUGUUAGAGAGACUCAUAUCAUCACACAUACUGGGUCUGGUCUUGGUCUAUAGCCAGUCUAUACUAAAGGAUAAUUGCACAGACUCUGGAACCAGACAGCUGAGGAUUGACUGUCAGUUCCAGCACUUUCUAGCUGGGAAACUUUGGAUUAUAUGACUGUGCCUCAGCUUCCUUGCCUGCAGACUGAGGACAGCCCAAAUAUCUAUGUCUUAGGAUUGUUUUGAGGAGUAUAUAUAUAUAUAUAAAAGCUUAGAACAGAGCCUGGCAUAUAAUAAGUAUUAGCAAUCAUUAUUGUUCUUACUGAAGAAUUAAGUUUGUACAGAGCUAUCCUUGGAACAAGAUUUUAAAGUAGAAGGGUCAAGAUUAUGAGGGAAAAGUGUUUCCCGGAAGCUGAAAUUUGAUUCUUGGCUUACCAAGAAAUGGUCACCUUCUUAAAUUUAUUUACUGAAUAAGUGGAAGAAAGAAGAGUCAUGAAUAAAACAACACUGGUUAUCAAAAAA